AUGGCCGACGUCAAGACAAGCCCUGCCGAAAAGAGCGGGCUGGCCGAUGCCAACACUCGACCACUUAGCGAAGUUGUUGUCACCACUGAAUCCCAGUCCAUGGAGCACUACCGAGCGACCGUCCCAUUGUGGAAACGGAUUCUGCAACAUAGUCUCACCCAGAUGAUGCUUCUCAGUGUUCAGGCUUUCUGUGGGCCAGCCAUGGCCGACGCAAUUGCUGGUCUCGGUGGUGGUGGUCUUGCGACUCCUCGUGUGGCCAACAUUGCCACUUCUCUGACCUAUGCUUGUCUAGCCUUGAUGAAAUGGGCCCUCGUUAUCGGCUCUAUGUCUUUCCCUGUUUUGGGCUCCUCAUAUUAUUGCAAUAGCAAAUUCGGUAACCAAUGGUAUCUUAUUCUAGCCGGCGCUAUUGACGGCAUUGGCACUGGUUGCUGGUACGUUGCGGAAGCCGGAGCCAUCAUGACGCUCGCCCCUUCCGGUGCGCGUGGCAAGUACUUGGCUCUCUGGAUCGUAUCCCGCAACCUGGGGCAGCUUGUAGGAGGUGCUAUCAACCUGUCAAAGAACUAUGAAGAAGGUGUUAGCGGUGGUGUUACGCCUGACACGUAUCUUGCCUUUGUUGCCAUCGAAUGCCUGGCUUUGCCCUUCGCCUUUUUGAUCAGACCUUUUGAACAUGUUGUUCGAUCUGACGGGAGCCGUAUUGUUGUAGCAGAGCCACUUACCACCAAGCAGGAAAUCAAGCAGAUUUCGAAAACGAUUACCUCAAGACUUAUUCUUCUUGCGGCGCUAUGGGCUCUUUGGUCUUUCUUUUACGGUGGUUCUUGGUCUACUUAUCUUGCUAUUCACUUUUCCGUUCGCGCUCGCGCUCUCUCCUCGCUCAUCUCGCCGUUUUUCUGCAUUGUUGGUUGCUUUGGUCUUGGGUUCAUUCUCGAUAUGAAGCAUCUCAGUCAGCGCCGCCGUGCCCAGAUCGGUCUCGGUGUCGUGGUUAUUCUCAAUGUGGGCGUUUACAUCUGGUCCAUCAUUAUGGAGUCCAGGUUUAGAAGCGACGAUCCGGGUACAAUCGACUGGAAAGACCGCCUCUACCCAACUGCUUUCCUGCCCUACUUCUUUGUACAGACCACCGGCCCCUUAUCUCAGUCGUACAUGUACUGGCUUCUGUCCUCCUUUGCCUCCAAUGCUCAGGAAAACGUGCGCAAUGGCGCUGCCUUCCGGUGUCUCGAGGCAAUUGGUCAAGCCAUCGCCUAUGGCAUGAACACUCAAACAGAAAGUGAUCCUUUGAUCGGAUUCUGCGUAUCGUUUGGCUUGCUUGCCGCUGCGCUGGUCCCAAUGACUAUUCUUGUAAACUCGACACCUGACCACAUUCCCGCCGACGAGAUAGCCGAACAGCAGCGAUACGACGAGAAGGUUGCGGGUGUUGCGGUACGCGAAGAUGACGCUUAG